AUGAGAUUAGAAUAUAGAGUUUUAGAAAUAGCAAAGGAUGAUGAACAAGAAUGUAAUUUUUGCUUUCUAGAUUUCGACAAUCCAACUAAUUUUAGUCUUGAUACUAUUCCUACUACUCAUCAAUGUUAUUUAAAAGCUAAAUCAACUAAGCAAAUUUCUGAUAAAGAAUUACUUUCACAAGCAUUCAGUUCUCGUUUAGAAAAGAAAACUAGAGAGCUAAAAAAGAGUUAUCAAUUGCUAAAAAAGGGUUAA